AUGGUGGCGGUGAUAGCGGCCCCAAUAGCAAGAGCAAGGAUGAAGAUAGACCACGCUUCUUCGAUAUAUGGAUUUGUAUCCAUUGCUUUUAGGGGGCAAAUUAUAAAUAUUAAAACUGAGUUCUCUUCUCUUUUCUUCGAGAUUGCGUUUGGAGUCGCUGAGAAAAGGAAAACCUCUGAUCAGCCCCACACCCUUCCCCUUCAUCCCAGCCCUCUCUCUCUCCCCGUCUCUUUCCCUCUCUCUCCGCCGCCGUCUUGUGAAGGGAGUCACAAUAAGAAAUUUGUUCCGGGUCCAUGUAUCCUUUGCUAG